UGACAGUGACCAAGUAUACCCGCUCCCGAUAAUCUUAAUCUUGCGCAUCUCGAAUCUCGAACCAUCACCGCCGGGAGUCCGCAUCCUAACGCACCACGCCCAUUGUACGCCGCCACUCGCUAUCCAAAUACCCGGAAGCCUUCGCACACGCACCGUCGCACACCCACGCUACCUCGAGAAACAGCAAUUCUCCUCAAAACGAGUGCUGCAAGCCAGCAAUCCAACACCCCAAAAAAAGAUGACAGACCGCAUGAUAAUCGGGACCAACAAGUCGCCAACGAAUCCCACACCACUAUCCGCGCCACAAGAACAACAAGUAAAAGACCUAUACUACAAGAAUGUACGAGCAAAAUGCGCAAAGGAGAUUGAAACGUUUGCACAAUGCGCAUUGGGCCGGACAUUUACCAUGAUCUACGCGUGCCGACAACCCCGUCUCGCGAUGAACUCGUGCAUGUUGCAAUACCAGAAUCAAGAUGAAUUGGACAAGGCGAGGCUGGAGUGGUUUGCCCUGGCUGAGGAGAGGAGACAGGCGAGGAUAGAGCACCAGAGGAAAUUAGAAGAUGCGAGGGAGAAACACAAAGAGUGGUGGAAUCUGGAUGAGUCGGGGCGUACGGUGGGAAAGGCGGCCGAGACGGUUAAUGAAGCGGGGUUACGGCGACGCGAGGAGAAUAGAGUUGAUGCUAGUGGGGUUACAAGAGGAGGUGUUUAUGGAUCGAGAUGACCGGUCGGUGGUGCCAGUCAUGGGAGAGAAGAAAGAAAAAAAGGAUGUGAGACGAAAGUGAAUCUAUUUGGCAUGGUGAAAAUGCAUAUUGGUAUGGAUUUCAAUGCAGCCUGAGGAUACCAAUCCUCGAAUUGCUUUGCAAAACGUUUCAUCAUGAGCGGAAAGCAUAUUUGUAUUAUAAACUGUAAAUACUCGCUCCCAAUUUU